CUCCUCCACCUCCAGCCCCUGGCCUUUUCCCACCCCAGCAUGGCCCAGGUUUCAUCAAGGGACAGCGCCGGCGCUCCAGGAUGCGCAAUUUCAACUGGGAAACUCUUCCCAAGCAAAGUGUCAUAGGAAAGCACAACAUCUGGACAGCGGAUAAGACUGAUGGAGAAUAUGAGCUGGACACUGAUCGCAUCGAGGAGCUGUUCAGUCACAAGCAGGUCCAGCAGCAGCUCAAGGCCCAGAGUGUGAGGGGCCUGUCGGCUCCAGCCUCAGGAGGGGAAGUGGUUUCUAUCCUCAACUCCAAGAGGAGCAUGAAUAUUGGAAUUUUCCUAAAGCAAUUCAAGCGGUCUUUAGAAGACUUGAUUGAAGAAAUUAAAUCAGGAAGCAGUCGCAGUUUUGGUCCUGGAAAACUGCGGGACUUGUGCAAGUUGCUGCCAGAUGAAGGGGAGGUUAAGCAGCUGGUGAACUUUAAAGGCGACCUCUCCGCAGUCCCUGAAGCAGAUCUGUUCAUGCUAAUGCUUGUCAAGAUUCCUAGUUAUGAAGAGCGUCUGAGCAGCUUGGUGCUGAAAGAGGAAUUUUUCCCCCUCAUGGAUGAAAUGAAAGGAUUAAUUGGUACUUUGACAGCUGCUGGAAGGGAGCUGUUAGAGUCUGAUCAUCUCCAUUCUGUCAUCCGUUUGGUACUGAAGACUGGAAAUUACAUGAAUGCUGGCGGUUAUGCAGGCAGUGCAAUUGGCUUUCGAAUGCCUUCUCUGCUGAAGCUCGUGGAUACCAAAGCAAAUAAACCGGGAAUGAAUCUUAUGCAUUAUGUUGUGAUGCAAGCCCAGAAGGCAGAUAUGGCCCUGCUUAAAUUUCCAGAACAGCUCAAACAUAUUGAAGAUGCAGGAAGAGUAAAUAAAGGUGACAUUGACGCAGAGUUUAAAAGACAGACGAAGAAAGUUCAAGAUGCCAAAGCAGACACCUUGAAGCAUGAAGACCUGAAAGUACAAAUGGAGGAUUUUCUAAAGGAAGCUGAGGUUUGUCUGGCAGAAAUAGAGGCUGAUCUUGAGGAACUACAGUCAUUGAGUGAUUCUGUAGCAGAGUACUUCUGUGAGGAUCCCACAAAGUUUAAACUGGAGGAGUGCUGCUCCAUUUUCAACUCCUUCUGUGAGAAAUUUAUGCGGGCCGUUCAGGAAAACAAGGCAAGAGAGAUGGCAGAGGUGAAACGGAGACAGAGGGACAGAUUACAAAGUGCAGCCAAGCGCAGGUCCACAGCUACCUGCUCCAGCAGAGACAAGGAAAUGGAUGGUAUUGCAUUAGAGUCCGUGCUACAGAACUUCCUCACCAAUCGCGUCUCCAGGAGGAGAUCUGGGAGGCCCUCGUCUACUUAUGGAAGCCCCACGAGUAGCAGCCCUAAUAAUGGGAGCCUAUCAGAAAUUACUUCUCAGACCAACCUCCCCGCUGGAAACCAAAAGCACGGAGGCUCCUUAGCGUUUAAAGCUAAGGAGAUGGGCAGAAAAGAGUGGAAUUCAGCAGUUGAACUCACAGAGAAGGCUUCAUUAAAGAAAGAUCAGUCAAAUAUUGAAAACAACAACGCAAAAAGUGACAUUUCUUAUAAAGAUGAGACGAAAACUUCCAGAAAAGAAGAUCCCAGAGGAUUUACACACCCAGCCAAAAGGACCAGCAGCAUUGCCUCUGUAGGCAGAUCUUUCUCCGCCACCACUGAUGACAGCGACGAAGAUCUGCAAGACAAUAAUGAGGAGGAAGCCCAAAAGUUACGUGAAGCAUCUAAAAAAGUUUUGCGCUUUCAGAGCAACCGUGGCAGUGUCUCAUCUGGGGACUACUCUCUGGACAGUCAGAAAUCUCCCAGUGCAAAAAAAACUUUACCUCGUGCGCUAACUUUUGAUGAGCACACUGAGAGGUAUCCUGGGGACCCAACCAAUGAGGAUAUGGUUCAGUCUUUGUUUAAUCCUCAGUCCUCCUCAAAACGUAACCUUGGUCGCCGGCAUACUCUACCUACCAAAGUCCCUAAAACUGAGGAAGAUGAGGACAAUCUGUGGAUUUCUCCAGUCAUAACUCCAAAUCCUGCGGCAGGAGAAAAGGGACCGCUAUCAGGAGAGGCUGCUGGACACACUCCCCCAAAACCAGUAUUUGAUUUUACUGACAUUUCUCACAACUUUAAAAAAUCUGGUGCUCAAAACCAGAAUUCUUCCUCUGCAGAAAAGAAAAGUAUGCCAACUGUUUCCUUAGCCCAUGUACCAGAUGCAAGGUUUCUGGAGCAGAACCAAGAGGGCAAAUCAGUGGAGGCUGGAGGCAGCAACCUACAGUUAAACAGUGAAAAUAUUCCACCUAAGAGUGUGUGGUUUAAGACAGAAACAUCUGGGCUAUUUUAUAGCUUUUUCAAACGCCUCGGAGAUAUGAGCAAACCUCAGAACAGCAAGGAAACAGUCCAAAAGGUCACAGAUUCUAGUGUGUAGGCUUUGACAUAUAUUUAUAAACUUGUGAAAUACAGUAUAUGUAUGAAUUUAAAGCUAAUGUAACUUUAGUGUUACUUGCAGUUAACUCAUAAGAGAUACACUAUAGCUGGCAAUCACAUUGACAAUAUAGUGUUAUCUUUCAUGGAAAUUUUGUGAACUGAUAAAGAUAUGAGAGAAGGGUCUAGGAAAGUGGUUGGAGAAUGGGUUUGUUGUGGUGGAAAGGCUUGUUUGUAUGUUGUACCACUAGAUGGCAGAAUAACUAAGCUGAAAAAUGGAGGUGGUGGUGAUGUUCUGACAAUCUGUAUGUCUAGUUAAGGAAGAUGGUUGCACUCACUGUAAAACGUUUUGUCAUGCUUAAUAAUAUUCUCUUGACAACAAUAGUUAAUACAGUGUGUGUUCUAUGUCAGAUUUUAAACCUUGCAGAAUGUACUGAGAAAGUGAAUGAUUGUAGAGUGUGGAGAUAAAGGAGCAUGGAGAAAUCAAACUGUAUUAAAGUCUUGGUUUGGUUGUUAUUUUUUUAUACUAGCAUUUGCUUGCACUGUCUAUGCAGCGUUGCUACUUUUCAGUUGUAUAAUGAAAAAUAUACUUGCAUCCUGA